AAGAAGAGAAAGAUGUGCCUUGAGCCGCAAUAAUGCUGUUGGCAAGCGUUGCAUCGAUACCGACGAUCACCGGCACCAUAGAGCAACAGGAGUAUGCCAACAGCGAGGCCAACAGCGGUCACUGCGAUGGCUACGUUACCGAUCACACGGAUCUCGGCUCUGACAUCGAUGAGUCCGAGUAUCGACGCGAGCUCCUCAACGACAAAUGGAGACUACUGUUCGACAAGUACGAUCCCGAGGGUUUUGGGGAAAUUCCAGUCGAAGAUUUUCUAACGGCGCUCAAAAGUCAAGACUGGCAAAAGGAGAUUCCACUGAACAAGAGGGAUAUUUUAUACAUGAGGGUCAAGGAAUCACGUGCCGAAGCCAUUACGUUUCAGGACUUCGUUAAUGUGAUGAGCGGAAAGCGUUCAAGGAGCUUCAAAUGUGCGGUUCAUCAUCGAGACCGGGAAGUUUGCUCGGAAAACGACUUUCACCUCCUAAUACAUGAGCCACCUCUUUUUCAAAGGAUGGUCCGGAUGAUAGGCGACGAGUUCCUGACGGAGGAGCGCGAUCGAAAGUACUACGCCGAUCACUACACGUGCUGUCCGCCGCCCCUCUUCAUCAUCCUGAUCACCCUCGUCGAGUUGGGCUCUUUCACGUACUACACAGCGGCCAAGGGUGAGGUGAACCCUUCGGGGCCGAUACCCAUCGACAGUGUUUUCAUCUACCGGCCGGACAAACGACUCGAGCUCUGGAGGUUCGCCUUUUACAUGUUCCUUCACGCCGGAUGGCUUCACCUGCUCUUCAACCUCGGCGUACAGGUGGUCGUCGGUCUGCCUCUCGAAAUGGUACACGGGAGCUUCAGGAUUGCCGCGGUCUACAUGGCCGGAGUCUUGGCUGGUUCCCUGGGCACGUCGGUCUUCGACACGGACGUGUACCUCGUGGGCGCGAGUGGCGGCGUGUACGCCCUUUUGGCCGCCCACCUUGCCAAUGUGCUGCUCAACUACAACAACAUGGAGUUUGGCAUCGUCAGGCUCAUCGGCAUCUUCAUUAUCGCGAGCUUCGACGUUGGCUUUGCGAUCUACGACAGGUACGCGGCGGAGCACAUGCAGCUGGGCCUGCCGGUCUCGUACGUGGCCCACUUGACGGGGGCACUGGCCGGAUUGACGAUCGGCCUGCUGGUACUCAAGAACUUUGAGCAACGCUUGCACGAGCAGCUGCUCUGGUGGGUGGCCCUGGGUGUCUACGCGGCCUGCACGAUAUUCGCCAUCAUGUACAACCUCAUGCACCCGGACUACCCGCGACGCGAGGGCCCCGGGGCCUUUGCCUACGGACACCAAGCCCUGCAGAGGGCGGCCACGUAACAGACCGAAGCCGGAGCCACGCGCUUUUGCUUCUCCUUCGCUGACGCCUGCACUCGCCGCGCGGAGGGGCAAGACGUCGACAACGACGGCGCUGAUGUCCCCGUUACGCGGCAGCGAGACCACGAGAGGGUUGCUGUAGCCGCCGGGUAGUGUUCCUAGGGUGUCGCGCUCUGCUCCGCCCCCUCGCGAGCUUUUUGUUUCUUCACACGUAUGCCAAAGAUUAUUCGCGUUCCGAUGGGCAUGGAGCUUUUUCACUUGCUGCGCAAUAUUGUUUAUUUAUAUUCCUUUUGCUCGAGUCCGAUUGUAUAAAUACUUGCUACGCGUCACGUGCAAAGGGGAUGCGAGAAGAGCAGCGCGGCCAUGCAGCGGCUUCGACCGGGGGAAGGAAGGGCAGGCGAGCCCACAAGACUGACUAUUGGUACUGGAGAAGGUUGCGUGUGUGAAAGGGGGGAAAAAUUAAAAAGAAAAAAAAAAAAAAAAAAAAAAA